ACGUAGAUAUGGUAGCCACAUAUUUAAAAAAUGUUAACUGGAACUUGGAAAUGUUCUUCCAUUAGAUUUAAUUGGUUCGAACUUUCACAGGCGGCUUGCACUUAACCUCCAGUGCACAGCCAUCCUUCUUCGAGCGCCCUCUCCCCACCGUUUCUGUCAGUAUAUCGUCGCUACUUUGGUCCCAGCAUUUAGCAACUGAAAUCUGAUGGUCAGAACAGUGGAGAAUUAUAUAUUAAAGCACUGGUAUCGUGACCAUGAUUACUGAGAAAUGUCCUGGACUUUUUGUUUGUUAAAGUGUUACAAACAUUUAGACCUGCACCUUAUAGCGUAAGUAAUGAAGAGACACAAAAUUUUUGCGAUAUUUCGCCCAAAUAUAAAAAAAAGUUGGACUUGUUUAUUUUGUAUAUGUCGCUUACACAGGGACUAAAUCAUUGGAACGCACCGCACUCCGUAAAAUAUGCACUGAGCAACAAGUGUACUCGUUUACAAAUCCACUUCCUAGCGUACAAUGCGAUCCAUUCUUUCUUUAGGGACAUAUAUGUUGAAGAACAGUUAAUGGAGGCUUUGAGUCCAGUUAUCAUCGGCGAAAUUACUUUCUUUUAAUCUUUAUGUUAAAAAAUUGAGAACACCCCUGUAUGCUUUGUUUCCUCUUCUUAAAGAAUAUCAAUUAAGUUAUGACGAGAGCUAUUUCAUAACGUCAUUGACAUUCGGGAACAGUUUGUCAAAUGUUUCAAGUACCAAGCAUUCCCAUUCCGAAAUUUCUGGUUGCCAUUUUACCAGGCAAAGUUCUUUCUUCUUUCAAGCCUGAGAUCCGCAAGCAGUGAAACUGGACCGAUGGUCUUUCACAACUCAAAUUCGAAGCACACGAGAGAUUAAACGAAAGUAACAGAAUUACCCUGGUUUUUACAACCUCGAGUGAUCAUCUGCAGGAAAUCCUGAGAGCAGAAAGCGUUUCAACGAGUUAGCGAAUUGUGUGUUUGGCGAGUUUGCUGUCGGGAAACCCGGGGGGAGGGGGUAAUGAUCAGAGGAAAUUUUGCUCCCAACUUUGGAUGAACCUCGGGUGUUUGCUAUUAAGUUCAAAUUGCUUAAGGACUAAAACUGACAUGUUCGAAUCAAGAAAACCUGUCUGUGACGUGCGCUGCUCUUUCAAGACCAAAACACGGUGAACCUGAACAGCAAAGUUUUGCUUGUCGUGUUUAUUUUUGCACAGAUCUUCGUUUAUACGUUGCAAAGUUUGCAGGCAGCUCUCAGUCUGGCUUUCAUAGCAACAGGGGUCCGGAGAGAGGGAUAGCUUAACACAAUAAAACAUUAUCACUGGCUCGUGCCGCCUGAAGUCCUGACCAGAAAUGUCCCCUUCACUGGCAACAAAGUGUUAAUUAAUUGAGGGGGGAGUAAGAGACCCCAUGGAUCGCAAAGAGGUGACCGUGCUGGCGGCUUGAGUCUUACCCUCUUUAAUGCUUCCCUACCUCUCAAUACUCUGUUCUGAUGCAAAACAUUGUUUAAAAUUCAAAUCCGCAGACGAGCCAAAUCAUAAAGCAGGAUGGCAGUUAUGGGAAAUAAUGUAGCUCGUGUAUAUUUGACCUUUUUACAUUGCACUGGCUGCAAACGUGGCGAGUCAAAUGUUGAAAUGGCUAACGGUAUCUCCCAACCGUAGCUCGUAGCAAAAGAGGAGGAUAACACAAGUGAAUUGACAUACCGGUUACAAAACUGUUUCUCAUUUUUAACGAUGUGAUAAUGGCCAGAGUGUGAAUUGAUGCAAUUUAGUGCGAGAGGAGGCGAUUUCCAACGAGACGAGGCUCCUUGUCAUUUGCAAGUGUGAGUCCCAAGGGGAUGGAUGGUGGCUUUACAAAUCUCGAUUGUAAUUGUAUGUGCUGGUUGUCCUGAUCGCAAAUACAUGCACCGGGGUGGUACGGCCGGCCGUUUGUAUUUCAACCGACUGAGAAGAAAACGGUAUGACGUUGGGUGAGCUGCUGUUUAAAAUCGCAGCUGCGUGCGCCUAAGAUCUCCGUGCUUUACAUAUUCAAAAAGCAGCGAAUGUCUCUUGUGACAUGUUGAUGUGCAAUUAAAACAUCGGCCACUUUGCAAUUACUAAAAUGAAAACAGUGAAACGGGUUCCCCGUACGAUGCUCACACUACAGGGAUGGCUGGAACCCUCAGUUACCACCCCUACGGGAACGCGGCUUAUCCUUAUCAACUCAACGACCCGGCUUAUAGAAAGAACGCCACCCGAGACGCCACGGCCACUCUCAAAGCCUGGCUACAAGAGCACAGGAAGAACCCGUACCCGACCAAAGGGGAGAAGAUCAUGCUGGCCAUCAUCACCAAGAUGACCCUGACCCAGGUCUCCACCUGGUUCGCCAACGCCAGGAGGAGACUCAAGAAAGAGAACAAAAUGACCUGGGCUCCGAGGAACAAGAGCGAGGACGAAGAGGAGGAGGAAUCGGGAGACAGCGAAAGAAACAAGGAAGGGAGCUUGAAGAAAAACCACGACCAAAACGAAACAUCAGCUGAGGAUGAAGGCAUUAGUUUGCACGUUGACACGCUAACCGAGAGCUCCUGCUCCCCAGAAUGCGAAGGAGACAAAGUGAGCAGGGUGGAGGGCAGCAUUUGUGAAUCUGGGUCCGAAUCGAAGGAAAAAUGUGAUGACAAUUGUAUCGAUGAUGACGACGCCGGUGGUGGUGAUGAUGAUGAUGAUGAUGAUGGCAGCGAUGAGGAGCGGGAGCUUUCUCACAAAACUAUGAAUUCCUCGCCUCUCACUCGGGUGGACGCGGCGCUGCUUCACGUUCAAGAAGACGAGAGCUCGGGGAGUAGAAGCAAACACAGCCUGAACAGUAUCAUCACCUCCGUUUCACAGACUCCAGCCAGCAAACCCAAACUUUGGUCUUUAGCGGAAAUCGCCACCUCGGAUAUUAAGCAGCAAUUCGGACAGAUUUGUUCUCCGUCGCCGAACUCCUCUUCGUCGACCUCUGGCUCUACCUACCCGGCCACCUCAAUCCUGGGUAGGCCCAUUUACUACACUUCACCCUUUUAUACUAACUAUACGAACUACGCCAACUUUAACCAUCUGCAAAGCCAAGGCAUCUUGCGAUACAGCACCAACGAGACUGUCUUAAACACUGCCUCCUUGCACAAACAAAGCACUGACUCUCUGAAAAAUGCCAGUCCCCAGCUCGAGCAACACUUCAGGGCCACAAAUUACGACUCCAAAAAAGACCCCAGUGAUGUCUGCACAGUAGGAGUGCAACCAUAUCUAUAGAUGUGUUAUCAGCAGUGCAAGUAAGUGAUCAUAUGAAAAGACGCAUCUAAGAUACAAACUUUGGAGUUUAAGCAGUGAAAUCAAUGUGCUGCAAAACGAGGAAGGGGGGAUACAAAUUAAAUAUUGGUCUGACUGAAAAUUGUGUAAACUUAUUUCGUGACAUUAUUUAUUGGCAACAGACAUGUAGGGUUUAUAAUAACAAAGGCCCACCCCGUCACAAAUUCUGCAAUAUUUUAACCUGUGCUCAGUACGUCUCUGAAAUUGUGACAGCUCUAUGCUUACCAGUUGGUUGACUGGGAUUCUGUUUUAUUUCCUUGGUCUGCAGGUAGGUGUCACAAUUGCUUUGAAAAUGUCAGCGAGCCAUCCCCCAGCUAUUAAGCAAAAAAAAUGUAUAUAGUACUGGAUCACAUCUUGUGCCACUGUAUAGAGAAAACCCCACAAAGCACUAUUUUAAUUCACAGAUGAUGUUACUAAGAAAGCAAAUCCCUGCAACAUAUCUCUGCAUUUGUUGGUUAAUUAUUAUUCUGUAUAUGUGAUUUUUGGAAAAUGUCUUCUCAGGUUUUCUUCACUUGAUCCGUUUAUUUGCCACGUUCUAGGUGUAAUGCGGCUUUAUUGUAAAACUAUUUGUAGAUAUACAGUAGAACAAUGUGAUUGAAGAACUUGAGUAUCUGAAAAGUGGAAAACAUUUGAUAUUUAUUUUUGUAACGAUGACACAAAGCUUCUAGUAAUUUAUGCAAGUUGUAUUGCAAUGGAAUCUGAACAUUUUGUAAAUAAAUCUGCUUGUUUUUUUGGAAACGUGAUAACAGUUACAAUCUGGUUGUUAUAGGGACUCUUUGCUAAUUUAUAUCUUUAAAUGUAAAUAAAAUUGAGUAGUCUGCAACUGCAAUUUCUUUGAAAUGUUUGAAUUAUUUGGCAUUUUCUCUUCAGAGGUAUAUUUGAAUUUGAAAUAUUUGAUUUAGUUUGGUUUUGGAAACUGAAUUAAAGUCUCUUUAAACAUG